AACUGGAGCCGGAGGAGGACAGAUGAACGGAGCGGAUUAGACCGACCUCCGGCCCCGGUCAACCACACACCGGCAGCUCCGACGGAAGACAGCCGGCCACGGUGCACCGCAGCCCGGCCACAGACAGCGGCGACACCCGGCCUACGGUGAGCUGCACCGGGGUUCUGCACACGGACUGGGACCGGUAAACGACACCGGUUUACGAAGCUCCCGGGAUCAUCUGUUACCGGAGACGGUGUGGGUUUGACCUCUGGGGGGUCAGGGUCCCGGUCCUGCCGAGGCCCUCAGCCGCCCCGUCAUAAUCCUGUAAAGAGCAUUAGCGGUCUAAGUUUGGCGGUCUAAGUCGGCCAUGCAGGUCUGCGACUCCCACAACCAGAAGAACUCGCUCUUCAACGCCAUGAGCCGCUUCAUCGGCGCCGUGGACAACAUGGACCAGACGGUGAUGGUGCCCAGUCUGCUGAGGGACGUCCCACUGAUGGACGCCGACGAGCCCGAGCGGACCCAGGCGGACCGGCCGGCCUACGGGGACCGGGACCAGGACCAGGGCCAGGACAUGUACAGCUCCUACGUCCUGCUCAAGUCCAUCCGCAACGACAUCGAGUGGGGCGUCCUGCAGGCGGAGGAGCGCCGCAAGGAGAAGGCGGUGGCCAACGGCGUCGACGUGACGGAGGGCGUCGACGUGACGGAGGCGGACGACGACGACCUGGAGAAGCAGUUCCACUUCCACCUGAACGGACUGCACGCCGUUCUGUCCGAACUGACCCGCAGAGCCAACACGCUGACCGACCGCUACAAGGCGGAGAUCGGCUGCAGCAGAUGACGGACAGCGGACAGAGGGGUGUACCUGACCACGCCCACCCGCACACCUGACCACACCCACCUUCACAGCUGACCACACACACCCACAUACCUGACCACGCCCAACUUCACACCUGACCACACCCACCCACACACCUGACCACGCCCAACUUCACACCUGACCACGCCCACCUGCACACAUGACCACACCCACCUGCACACCUGGCCACACCCACCUGCACACCUGACCACGCCUA